AUGGGGCCCCUGUGUCCUCACCCACAUUCAAACCAUACCCAAAAAAGCAUAUGAAAGGUACUAGGGGCAUCUCAUGGGGCCCCCUACUGACCCUGGGCCCUCAGGCAGUACCCGAAUGGCCAAAUGGUCAGUCCACCCCUGGUCCACAGGCAGCACUUCUCUCCUCCUCCUCUUCAUCCUCCUUCUUCUCUUAUUUAUUGGGCUUUCCAGCUUUAGGUGUAUACAGUAGAAACAGAGCUGCUUCCAGACAGAUCAGAAUAAGGUCUGCUCCAUGGCAAAGGGACUGAUCCUUUCAAUCUCUCCAGCCUUGGCAUUGCUUGGUAUUCAGGAUGAUAAGCAGGGGCGGAACUGACAACUCAUGGGGUCCCCGGGCAAUAGGGGAUCAUGGGGCCCCUGUGUCCUUGCCCAAACUUAAAAAA